GUAUCCCUGAAGGAAGACGGGAGCGCGUUGACGAUGCUUGACCCCGUGAAAUUCCUCGCCAAAACAAACGGGUACAGCAAGCCGGGCAUCGAAUGUCUUCGACGCUCGUGCCUUUUGACACGCCGGACGAGGAUCUCCCGGAUAUAGCGAAGAGAGUGAGACAGAGUUCGGCGGAUUGUUUUCCAACGCAACAGACCUCGAGUGGUGGGAGCCGGCUUCGAAAAAAACAGAGCCAGCCGCGUCGUCACACCGAGGAAGGGGCGCGAGGUCCUUCUGUCGAAUCGGCCCGCUUGAAGGAAUGUGCAGGACCGUCUCGGCAGUCCGCCCAGCAACGCGGAGGCACCCCUGUCGUCACAUCCUCAAGGAAGGGAUCGUCGGGUCGUCGGGCUCCUGAUCGCCAGGAGGGCAAUGGAGGUGCGUCCAAGAGGGCAGCCCUGCGGGAGAGGAGCGAGGGAUCAGACGAAGAAACGGAGAACGAUUCCAAGAUUCAUGUCGAGCGGAACGCGCAGGGUAAUCUUGCCGUCGACGAUGAGCAAUGUGGGGUCCAAGAGGACGCUGCCAACGAGGACAUAAGCGAGCGAGAGAGAGAGGGCGAGGAGCGUGAGGACUCUCUGCCCGACUGCGAGGACGGAGAGUCUCGACUGUUCGAUGGGGGCGACUAUGGGGACGGUGGGGAAAACGAUGAUAACUGCCUUGCCGAUGAUGAGGAUGGAGGGGAGGAAGGGUCGGAUGAUAUGGAGGUCGAUGAGGGAGCAGGAGAUCUGUCGGAGGGCAGUGUGCAGAAAAGGAAGCGGCGAUCUUCAACAAGUCCGACGGGGGCGGCGGAUAAACGCGCUGCUAAGAGACUCACAGUCGCUGUAUCUCGGGAGGCACUAAGAGUUUCUCAAGAGGCGGCCACUGAUAGCGUGAAGAACAGAAAAGGGAAGGCGUUAACCAGAGCGACAAAAGCGGAGAAACGUCCGAUGAAAAGAAAGCAGAUGGUUGACGAGGGUGACUCCGGAGAAGACGCCGAAGGGGCUGCUCUUAGGGCUCCGUCCGAACAAACAGAGCGUUCCUCUGACAAUCGAUCUGUCACAGUGGACACAACAAAGUGCUUCUUCUUGGAGUUCGACGAAGAUGGCUACGCGAGAAAGGAUCGGGUACACAUUCAAGUGGAUGUAACGAAGAUCUUGCCAAUUCCGGAAGGUGACAUCCUCUACAACCACAGAACGUUGGACGAAAAGUUGGUGCAGUCCAUACACGAUGCGAUCCAUAAUGCGGCCAAGGAAACCAGCGGCAAGUGGGAUUUCAUGAGUUUCAUCCUGGCCCCCAUUGUGCCCUGCCGGGACGACUCUCAAGGCAGACGGAUCACACCACAGGAAUUCGACGUCGAGGAGGCGCAUACGUACCACUGGUAUGCUGUUGCCGGCCAGCAUACGGUUGAGGCUAUGAACAAACUCACAGUGGACAAGUCACCGACCGAGAAAAAAUACGGCUUGAGGUCAUAUUCUCACGUGUGUGUUGUCUACUUUGACGACAACACAAAGAGAGGAUAUCCGUAUGUCUCGGCAUUCGACAACACAAGGGAAGAACGUUCUGUCCCGCGAUCGUUUUCCUCGUCGGUGUGGCAAAUCAGAACUUAUUGGGAGAAGAGGUGUGGCCGCAUCCGUCUUCCAGGCACCGUGUCCCCAAAUGACGUGGAAGGAUUGAAACAAAAAAAGAAGUGGGAAGAGUUCAUGAAUGCCGCCUGCAAAAUGGCACCGGAUUCCAGUCUCGUGACGUCGUCCCUGGAGAACGAGUAUUGCAAGGACUGGACGAACAAGAUGCGGGGAUACAUGAAUCUUGCGCAGUGCGGCGAAACGGUGUGGCCAUUGGUGGAUAGAUUUUUAAAAAUGUACGAGGAAGGGCAGCUGCCAAGAGUUGACGGUGUAAAAUACAUCGAUCUGUCGGGGAAAGUGGAAGGGAGGCUACCGGGGCAGUACUUUAUCAUGGACAACUCCGGGAAAAAAAUCUUGUUCCACUGCAUCAAGGCCAAAAAGGGGCCUCCAGACGCAACGGUGUCUAUACCGGACUUGACGCCCUCCAGCUUCAAGCUGUUUGGGGAUAUGAUAGCGAGAGAGAAGCAAGUGGCGCUACACCACAUGAUGCGUGCUGAUGUUAUCGUUACAUCACGUAUGGUGCCGCGUGGAGGGUGCAACAUGGCGGACCUAGUGAUGCAGAGUGUGUACAAGUGGGACGAUGUCGAGGUGCUCACCGGGUCUUUGUACAGACACUACACACCAUCGACGACCGUGAACAGGUAUGGCAACAUUGCGGUUCGGUACAUUGACAUGAUGACUAUUGUUCUCCACGCCGAGAACCGCAACUUGAGCAAUAUAACGAUUGCGCCGAAAUUGCGAGCGGAGCUCACAAAUUUGAACAUUGAAGAGGGUGAAUUUGUGAGGUGCUCAGGGGAGUGUAUCGGUGUGGAGGGCGACACUGAAGCGGUUUAUUCUUGGAUGGAACGAGAGCCUGCACGUCUCCGGAAGCUAUGCAGCUCGUUCAUCAGGGAGGAUGAUGGCGUGAUGCUGCUGGGCAAGGCACAUGCGGGACUGAUAUGAAAACUGGGUAAGGUCGGACACCACGUGUUUGCAUGCGACGACACGACAAAGGAGCUCACCUACCUUUCCAAGUUCUUGGAAUUCAACGUGAACGACCCGAGGAACAAAUGCAAGUUUGAAAA